GCCACAACAACAUGGCCACCGCUCCACCGGCAACAGUGGACGAGCCGGAAGUCAUGUUGUCUAAACGGGGAAGUGAUGUUGUACUUCUGGGUGAAAAGUCAGGAGUCGGCACCGUGAGGAAGUAGUCUAGAUAAUUCGGUCCUUUUUAUUUCUGGGCAUUUACAGCAAGUUAUCAUUGGAUUCAUCACCAAACCAGUAUGCCUGUUUGUAUUGUCAAUGGAUGUCCAUCAGGAGGUCGCCAGAAGGAGCAUGGCGUCAUCGUUCAUGUUUUCCCCAAAGACAAGAACAUGAUAAGGGCAUGGCUGAUUCAGACAGGACAAGAUUUUGGAGAUCUGGAGCAGUUUGUGAAUAAGGUUUAUGAGGGGAAAAAAACAGACAGCUACAGACUGUGCUCCAAACACUUUGCUCCUGAAUGUUACACGCAUUUGGACGGAUGGCGCAAAGUUUUGAGGAAAGAUGCUAUUCCCACCAUUUUCCAUCAUCCUGAUUUCCCGCCUAGCAGUUUAGGGCCCAAUGGAAAAAUUCCUGCUCGAAAAAGGCGCAAAGUUGACAGAGAUGCCCAUCUAGGACCACUUGGUUUUUGUGACCAUUGUGGACAGCAGUCAAUACGUCUCCCUAAAGUUGUCUCCGUUGGGGUUAACACAGAAUCAGUCAUUGUAAGAUGGGACAGGUCCACAAAUACCGAUCCAAAACUGAACACCAGGGCGGUUGCCGUAGAACAUAAAAUAAAGACAUAUCGCAAAAAAACACAGUGUAAUUUUCCCUUUAACAAAAACAAAACGAAACUUAAAGCUAGUGAUGGCAGCAAAAUACCACAUGCCAGUAGUGGUUCCAGUGCAAAAGUACAUGCCCAGGGUGGCAACGUGGCACCACCUCACGGUUCUCUUUCAACGAACCGCACCCUAAAAGUUUUACCCUCUCUUCUAGUAGAAAAAGGUGUCAGUUUGCAGAAUGUCAUCGCAGAAAGGACCCCUGCUUUUGGAACACAGAGUUGCACUUCCCAAAAUGACCUUAAACCCACACUUCAUGCCUCAAAUGUGGACUCUUCCAGAGUUGAUGAGAUUAUUGAAGCCCACCACAAAAAAUAUAACCCCAAGCAAGGCAUCGGUUUGUAUCCAGAGGUUAUGAAUCGAAAUUCGAUGAGUGAAAGAAAAUUUAUUGUUUCUGAAUCGUGCCUGGAUGCCCUAAUCACAAUGGUGUCCUGCAAGGGGCCUGGCCCCUGUGGGAAGCCCAUUGUCAAAAUCUUCAAAAAAAGAGUUGGAACCUUUGUUAGUGUCUAUGUCACCUGUGCAGACAACCACCGUACACAUUUGUGGGAAAGCCAACCAAAAAAAGGCAACAUUCCUGUAGGGAAUCUCGCUCUUUCAGCAUCGGUUUUAUUCAGUGGCUCCACCUUUAGGCAGGUACACAAUUUGUUCUACCUUAUGGGCCUUGAAUGCAUCCGAAAAUCUACCUAUCACAAAUAUCAAAAAAAAUAUUUAUUUCCGACAGUCCGACACCAUUGGAAGAAAGACCAGGCAAAAAGUCUUUCAGUUUUAGGCAACUCUCCAGUAUGUAUUGUUGGUGAUGGACAGAGUGACGGCCCAGGCCGCAAUACCAGAUACAGUCUGUACACAUUAAUGGAUGCAUCCACAAAGAAAAUACUUAACUUCCGGGUUGAACAGAUGCGGCCAGGCCUUUUAUCUGCCCGCUUGGAGAAAGAAGCCUUUCAGAAAUCCUUGGAAAAACUUCAGAAGAAAAAAGUCCACAUCAAAAUCAUAUGUACUGACAAAUGUGCAGGCAUUAGAAAAAUGAUCAAAACUCAUUAUAGCCCUAUGGUGCACCAGUUAGAUGUGUGGCAUGUGGCCAAAUCCAUAGGGGCAAAGGUUCUGUCUGCAAGCAAAAGAAAAUCUUGUGGUGACCUGAGUGCAUGGGUGAGCGCUGUUAGAGAUCACUUGUGGUGGUCUGCUAGCACAUGCGAUAACAAUGCAGAACUUUUUCUCGAAAAGUGGAACUCGUUGCUAAACCAUACCGCAAAUGAGCACACUUGGUCUGGCAACAAACUGUACCACCAAUGUGAGCACAAUUCUGUAGAACAACAUAGGUGGAGGAGGUGGCUUCCCUGGGGAAGUACGGCCCACAACUCUCUUCGAGAAAUUGUGCUCAAUCCAAGCUUGCAAGAUGACCUAAAGCACCUCUUCACCUUUUGUCACCCAACCGACAUAGAACUGUUUCAUAGCGCAAUUUCAAAGUACCGUCCAAGGAGAGGUGAUUUUGUCAAGGACAGUGUGAAGGCCAGGAUUCGAUUAGCAAGUCUACACCACAACUUUAACAUUCACAGAGUCCAGCAUGAAGUGCGGAAAACCACCAUAAGAUCAGCAACCCAAAAGCGUCUGGCUGUGUGCAGCAAAGAUCGAAAGCACCAGUUCCUGUGUGCGGUUUAUGAACCAAGCAAUCAAAGUUUCUUACUGGAAAUUAUGAAGGAUGUUUUGGAACUGGCAGAUGGGAAACAAAAGCUCUAGAUGUACAGAGAGGAAAGGUUCCAGAAAACCCGCUGAUGGGACUUUUGCUUUUGACCACAUGUCUAUCUAGAUGGAACAUAACAUCAGUAUUUUGGUGUAUUAUCUUCGGUCCGUUUAUUGAAAAGAACUCAGUAUUUCAUUUUGAUAUUGUUGUUUUUUUAUAUUAUAUAUAUUUUGUAAAAAAAAAUUAGGUAUAAUUUGUAAUAGUUUUCCCAAAAACCGCUCAUUAUGUACCAAAAAAAAUAAUCAGAUUGGAGUUGAGAUCUAGACCCUACCAAACGGAUAGAAGCUGGUCCUGACACCAGUGAACAAUGCUUGAGCCUGAGCACUUACUUUCCAUUAUUACUAAGGGAUUUAAAGAAACGAUUAAAUGCAAGCCAAGAUGGUGCACGUAUUCUGAUUGGAUUUGAGGUGUCCAGCUACCUGUUCUCAUGAAAGUCGCUUCUGGGACAAAUGUUUAAAGGAGAUCUGUCAGGAGAUUCAUAUGCCCAAACCACAGGCAGCAUGCAGACCCAAUAGGCUCCAUCAUAAGAGACAGAUAUGCUGCGCCAUUUCAGAUACAGCAUAGUUGUGGAGCUAGAUAAUGGAGAAAAGAGUCAUGACGCAGGCUCAGCUUCAUUGACAGGUCUCUUCCCAUUUCUGCAUUGGGAUACACAGUGAGGAGAAGCCAUUGGGGAGCCACCCCUGAGACUCAUUUUAAAAGUGUUCUCUAAUACUCUGCAGCAUUUCACGAUACACACAGCUGUCUCUGAGGGAGCCUGUUUGGAUUUCAUGCUACCCAUGCGACUCUUCUGACAGGUUCCCUUUAAAGGGGUUCUCCAGGGUUUAUAUUUUGAUGACCCAAUAUGAAAUUGGUGGGAUACUGCCGAUCAGCUGUUUGAGAAGGCCACAGUGCUCCUGUGAGUGCCAUGACCUUCUCGCAGCUUACCAAGCAAUGGAGCUGUAUAUUGUAUAGCGGCUGUGCUUUCUGUUGCAGCUCAGCCCCAUUCUCUUGAAUGAAACGGAGCUGGGCCUAAGCCAUGUGACCAAUGAACAUGACUUCACUGGCCUGGUGGUCCGCAGCCUCUUCAUAGAGCUGAUUGGCGAGGGUUCUGGGCAGGGUGGAUUUGAUUUAAAUCAAACCGAUU